GCUCGGCUUUCGCACUUCCUGGGCGGGAACAGCAAAAUGGCGCCAGAACCGGUGGCGGGCUGAGGCCGCGGCGGGCGCUGUCAGAGGCCAGCGCUGCAGGCCCGGGGCCGCCAGCCCCCUCCCUGACAUGGAGGACGUGGAGGCACGCUUCGCUCACCUCUUGCAGCCCAUCCGCGACCUCACCAAGAACUGGGAGGUGGACGUGGCGGCCCAGCUGGGCGAGUACCUGGAGGAGCUGGACCAGAUCUGCAUUUCUUUUGACGAAGGCAAAACUACAAUGAACUUCAUUGAAGCAGCACUGCUGAUCCAGGGCUCAGCCUGUGUCUACAGUAAGAAGGUGGAGUACCUCUACUCACUGGUCUACCAGGCUCUUGACUUCAUCUCUGGCAAGAGGCGGGCCAAGCAGCUCUCUUCAGUGCAGGAAGAUGGGGCUGGUGGGGCCUCCAAUUCCCGGGAACCACAUGAGGCAGAGGGUGAGUUUCUGUCACUGGAUGACUUCCCAGAGUCCCGGGCCAAUGUGGAUCUGAGGAGUGACCAGGCGCCCAGCGAGCUGCUCAUCAUCCCUCUCCUGCCCAUGGCUCUGGUGGCACCCGAUGAGGUGGAGAAGAACAGUUGCCCCCUGUACAGCUGUCAGGGUGAGGUCCUGGCCAGCCGGAAAGACUUCAGGAUGAAUACCUGCAUCCCCCACCCUAGAGGGGCCUUCAUGUUGGAGCCAGUUGGCCUGUGCCCCAUGCCAGGGAGUCAGAAGGGUGAGGUCUUUGAUGACAGGAGGGCUGAGGAGCAGCCAAUGGAAGUCUCUGGAUGCAGCAGUCCUGUCCCUGUGCUUGGCGUCUGCCAGGAUGAGCCAGGCACCGCUCCAGAAGGUCCAGUGCUCAGCAGUGGGAACGAGGAUGAUGCAGAUGCACAGGAGGCAGUAGCGCUCCCAGAGGCUGCAUCCCCCAGUGCUGCUCUGGAGCCUGAGGAGCCUGGGAGCCCGCAGAAGAGUGUCACCCCACCCAGGAGGUACAUGCUGCGGGAGCGAGAGGUGGCCCCAGAGCCUGUGUCCCGGCUGAAGGAGGCCCCAGACCCCUGGCAGAGCCUGGACCCCUUCGACUCCCUGGACUCUAAACCCUUCAAGAAAGGUAAGCCCUACUCUGUGCCUGCCUGUGUGGAGGAGACUCCAGGACAGAAGCGCAAGAGGAAAGGUGCUGCCAAGUUACAGGACUUCCACCAGUGGUACCUGGCUGCCUAUGCUGACCAUGCUGACAGCAGGAGGACCCGGCGAAAGGGCCCCACCUUUGCAGACAUGGAGGUCCUGUACUGGAAGCACGUAAGCGAGCAGCUGGAGACCCUCCGGAAGCUGCAGAGGCGGGAGACAGCUGAGCAGUGGCUGCCCAGGGCUGAAGAGGGGAUGUGGCCUGAGGAUGACCACCUGGAGGAUUCCUUGGAGGACCUGGGGGCAGCUGCAGAUGACUUUGUAGAACCUGAGGUAGAUGUGGAGAUUGAGGGAGCAAAACCAGGGGAAGCCGCUAACCUGGAUGCAGAGGCCUUGAAGUAUGAGGAACUAGUUCGAAGGAACGUGGAGCUCUUCAUUGCCACCUCCCAGAAGUUUGUCCAGGAGACAGAGCUGAGCCAGCGCAUCAGGGACUGGGAGGACACCAUCCAGCCUCUGCUGCAGGAGCAGGAGCAGCACGAGCCCUUUGACAUCCACACCUAUGGGGACCAGGUGGUCUCACGGUUCCCCCAGCUCAACGAGUGGUGUCCCUUUGCGGAACUAGUGGCCGGCCAGCCUGCCUUUGAGGUGUGUCGCUCCAUGCUGGCCUCCCUACAGCUGGCCAAUGACUACACAGUGGAGAUCCGUCAGCAGCCGGGGCUGGACGCAGCUGUGGACACCAUGUCCCUGAGACUGCUCACACACCAGCGAGCCCACAAGCGCUUCCAGACUUACACAGCCCCAUCGAUGGCCCAGCCCUGAAUGAGGAGCUGGGGGUGGUGUGUGGGAGAGAAGCCUGUCUCAGAAGCCUAUGUGCCAAGAGGCUGCUUGCUCCAUUGUCUCCUGGCUGGCCCAGCAAAAUAAAGUGGAGUCAUCAUGCUACCUA